AUGGCUUCAAAAUCACUGCCCGCCCGUGGAGGCCCUGACAGCAAGACCGUUGCUAUCGGUGCUCCUAACCAGACACUUUAUUGCAUGAAUUUGCCCGAUAAGAAGAUUGCGAAAAAUGACCUACGAACAUCACUCUACGCCCUGUUCUCCACAUACGGCACCGUCCUUGACGUUGUGGCAAUGAAGACCCAGAAAAUGCGAGGCCAGGCUCACAUUGUGUUCAAGGAUGUCCAAGCUAGCACGCAGGCACUGCGAGCUUUACAGGGAUUCGAAUUCUUUGGAAAACAAAUGAAAAUCGUUUACGCCAAAGGCUCCUCACAUGUCAUUGCCAAACUGCGCGGCACAUAUGUUCCUCCAGUUGACGCAGCGGCUCCAGUUUCGACAGACCUGCAGAAGUCCAUCUUCGGUGGUCCUCCCGGUGUCCUCCCCACACGACCCACAACCGAUGCCAGUGGAGAGGGUCACGGUGUGAAGCGAGCACGCGAAGAAGAAAGUGAUGAUGAGGAAGCGCCCAUGGACGAAGAUAGCGAUGUGCCUAUGGAAGCUUCCUCGGACGAAGAAGAUUAA